UUCUGACAGCUGAUUGCAUUGAUCCCGGCAUCGAUAUCAGUGUCGUUGUGUCGUGAAAAAGUGUUUCAUUUUGCACGUAUCUGGCCUUUCCGAAUAUUUUUUCCUGUGAAAUUUAGUGAAAAUAUUCUUUCGGUUUGCAUACAAACUGGGGUUUUGUUCUCCGUCAGUCACAAAAAGCGGCGUGAGUGAGUGAGUGAGUACGCUGUCAGCUGUCGUCGGCGAGUUUUGUGUUGUCACCGUUCUCGCAAUUUUCUCACGCACAGUUGCUGAGAGUGGAACAAAAGUCGAUGUGCUGAAAAAGUAUGGCCACCAACAACUAUUUCGGAUUUCCGCAUGGUGCAACGCAGUACGGCACGACGGCCCCCGGAACAGCCUACCCGACCACACAGACGGGUUAUGCAGUAGCGACAGCGGCCGCACCGGCAGCAGCAGCGACCUACGGAACAGCCGCAGCGGCAGCGCGUCCAGCCGGAUACGAGCAAGCCUACCAAACGGCCGCAACUCCCGGAACCUACGCAACAACUGCAACGGCAACCUACGACUACGGGUACGCUCGUACAACUCAAACAUACGACACUAGCAAGACUUACUACCAGCAAGCAGGGGCAACCGCAGGCUACACAGCCGCUCCGACCGCGUACGACACUUCGGCAGCAGGAACCGCCAAGGUAAUCAACUUCCAACCGGCCACCCAAGUGACGUACGGCGCCCAACCGGCUCGGGCUACAAUCCAAACGGCCAAGGCAGCCACUGCGCAGUACACCGGUCAACCUACGGCCUACGUUCCGCAAACUACCGGUUACUCCCACACAGUAACCACGGUCAACACCGCUCCGAAGCCGGCUGCCACUGCCCAAACAGUCGGUCAGAGCGCCAACUACUCAGGCUACGAAUCGGCCCUUUACAGCGCUGCUACCAUGUACGUUGCUCAACAGCAGAACAACAAAGCUACCAAUGCCGUUGGCGGACAGCAGGGCGGUGGUGGAUGGCAAGGAUACAAAAAAGGCCCGAUAGGAAUCCAUCGGUUCAAGAACCAGAACAAGCCUCCUCCAAAGCCACAGCCAAUCCAUUAUUGCGAUGUUUGCAAAAUCAGUUGCGCCGGUCCUCAAACCUACAGGGAGCACUUGGAAGGCCAGAAACACAAGAAACGGGAACUGCUGUUGAAACAGGCUACCGAACCCGGCACUGCGACUCCGGCACGUCCUCCCAACAGCCUGCACUGCGAACUCUGCGAUGUGACAUGCACCGGAAACGAUGCCUAUGCCGCUCAUGUUCGCGGCGCCAAGCAUCAGAAGGUCGUUAAGCUGCACACCAAGCUAGGAAAGCCAAUUCCGGCAUGUGACCCUGCUCCGAACACGGAAAAGAAGGACGAAACCGAUGGAGACGAGCAUGACGAAUCGGUCAAACCGGUCGGAAGUGAGUACAUCGAAGAGAUCAAGGACGACGAAGGCAAACUGGUCAGUUUCAGUUGCAAGCUGUGUGAGUGCAAAUUCAACGAUCCUAACGCCAAGGAGAUGCACAUGAAGGGCCGUCGUCAUCGUUUGCAGUACAAGAAGAAGGUUCAACCAGAUCUGUUCGUAGAUAUUAAGCCAACCUUGAAGCAGAAGAAGAUGGCCGAGGCUCGUGCCCAUCGUCAGGCUAUGCAGGAGGAGUACUGGAAUCGUCGUCGCAUGGCGGAAGCCGAAAUGGAGGAAGGUGGCGAUCAUGGCAUGCGUCAGUUUGGACGUCAUCCGUUCUUUGGAAUGCUUCCGGGACGUCGUCCGGAAUCUUCUGACGAUCGCCACGUUGUGGCACGUCAUGCAGAGAUCUAUCCCAAGGAAGAAGAGCUGCAAACUAUUCAGCGCAUCGUUUCACACACCGAACGGGCUUUGAAGCUGGUUUCGGAUGCGAUGACCACUGGCGGUGCCAAGGACGAGAAGAAGGAGGCCGAUUCCGACAAGAAGGACAGCAAAGGAGAUGAGCAGAACAAGGGCGAUGCUAAUCAGAUGAUCUCCUUCCACAAGGAAGCCGAGGGCAGCAAUGUUCGUCUGCUGAAGGGCGUUAUGCGCGUUGGAUUGCUGGCUAAGGGACUUCUUCUGCAUGGCGACAACACUGUCCAACUCGUUGUGUUGUGUGCUGAAAAGCCAACGACCUCCCUGUUGAAACGCGUCGUAACCGAGCUACCCAUCCAGCUCAAAAAGGUCACCGAAGAACAGAAGUACACAGUUACGAUGGCUCCCGUCGAGGGUGCCGUUCUGGUGUCGGACGGUACAAUUACGGUGAAAAUCUCCCUCACAUCCCCUCUGCUCCGUGAAGAAGCAAACAGUACCGCUGCAAACGAGCAAGUCAACAACCAGAGCUCGGAAGAUUUACUGCCACGGGAGCCCUGUCUCCAGGCACUUGCCGCCCUACGACACGCGAAGUGGUUCCAGGCUAGGGCAACCGGUCUGCAGUCCUGUGUAAUGAUCAUGAGAAUCAUGCGAGAUCUUUGCCAGAGAAUUCCAAUCUGGGGAAAUGUCUCUCAAUGGGCUACUGAAUUGCUCAUUGAAAAGGUCAUCUCAUCGGCCGGUGGACCACUGUCACCGGGCGAGUGUAUGCGUCGAGUGAUGGAAGCCGUAGCUUCAGCGAUCCUGAUCAACGGCCCCGGUCUGUUGGACCCAUGUGAGAAGGAACCGGAAGAUGCCCUCGCCAAUCUCAGCCGACAGCAGCGGGAAGAUAUCACCGUUUCGGCUCAGAUGUUCCUGCGCUUCAUGGCCUUCCGGCAAAUCCACAAGGUGCUGGGAAUGGAACCGUUGCCACCGCCGAAGUUUGUCGGUAACCGCAACUGGCGCUUCAACCGCAAGCGCAGGCGUUCCGGUACCGAGGGAGCUGAUAGCGAAGCUGAUGGUAAAAUGGUGAAGAAGGAGGAAAACAAAGGGGAAGGUGGCACCAACAACGCCGUGGUGGACAUGGACACCGAAAGCGCAAAGUAAAGGUCGCUUCCGUUUUCCUUCUUCGUUGAUAUGUAAGGUAGGUUCUAUUCGGCUAGAAUUUUAACUGACAACUAUAUGAAAAUAAGGGAAAAUCUUCUAGAGCAACCUUUUAAGACAGUAAACUUUUCAAAUAUUGGAUUUAACUCUACUAUGAAGAAUAUCAUCUUAACAUGGUAAUAAAAAAAAUAAUGCAUACAAUGUACUCAACCAGAACGCAGUUGAAAUGUAACAACAAAAAUUCGAAAUAAAAUUGCAUAAAACAUUAUCUGGAAGAUCUUAUCAGAAUAACGAUUUGUUUGUCCUUGAAGAUUAAAUGCAAUAUUUGAAGUGAAAUCAGGAGGAAGUCAGUCAGACAAACUCUUUCCUUUAAUUCGCCCUCUUCGGCAGGAAUUGUCAUCAGGUGAACCAGUCAGAAUUACCAAAUCUUAGGCAAUCUAUUUGUUGAACAAAAGUCAAUUUAUGAAAGAUGAAAAUCCUCAAUGAAAUUUUGUUUCCUAUCCUUGAUUCCUAAAAUAUUACUUUGCUAUCAAAUUUAGGCAGAAAACCAAAAGAAAAGGGUAAGGCUAACUAAAAAGCGUUUUGGAAUACAAACAAAAAAAAAAAUCAUAUACACUUAAAUGUAUUUAAUCCUCAAUCGAAAUCAGAUAGAAAUUUUAACGAAAAAUAAAGAAAAAAUAAUGUAUGACAAUUUCGUGUAUCCUUUGGACAAAAGACCUCUUUGAGCAACUAAAUCAGUAUGAUAUUCAAAACUUAUCAACCGUUCUCCGUUCAACAUGAAGAAGUACAACGGCAGGUUGUAUCGAUCUAGCAUCCUAUUAGCGAUAGAUAGGCCGUCAGUCAGUGUUCCGCGACCAUUGACGGGCAGUGGGACGGAAUAAUUCAAGUAGGGCCCAUGGAGUGACGUUAAAGCAACCCAAGUAGCGCACAUCUGCCAGGUACUUUUUGCGUGAAUUAAGAAGCACUGAUAAAGAAAACAAUGGAAACAACAAUACAUAUGAAAGUUCACAAACACACACACCAACACAAAACUCACACACAGAUACAAUUAACCUACUACACUCAACUCUGAAACAGUCCCUCGUUUGCAGAGAACGUCGAUAGCCGUAGACUAUAAAUAGGAAUCCUUAUUUGAUUACGAAGAAUUACACAGAAUGAACCUUACAGUUCGCUGUGAAUUUGAAACACUAGAUGCGGAACAGCAUUACAACUUUCGCUCAUUACACACGAUCGAAGAACGUCAGCCUGUUGAAUAGGUGAAGUCAGUCAGUUUGAGGAAUCCAUGAUAGCAAGUAUGUAAUAAACAAAUUUGAAGUAUUUUCUUCUUGAAAGAACAAAA